CACACACACUCUGUCAGACACACACACACACACACACAGACGGGCAACAGUGCUGAAGUGGACAACUCAUCGGAAGAGAAAAGUGAUCGACUGGACGGAGGAGAGAGACAGAGAAGAGAAUACUUUUGAAACAGCGUGACGAUGCUGUGUCCUGCGUGGUUAUUAGCUGUGGCUGUGGUGGGUGUGGUCAGCGGGGUUAAAGGUCAGUGCUGGGAGAAUCCUCGCUGUCAAGACCUCAACUCUGAGAACAGCAUCCUGGAGUGCAUCCAGCUCUGUCGUUCUGACCUCACCGCCGAGUCUCCCAUCUUCCCUGGCGAGGUCCAUCUCCAACCCAACUCCCCCUCUGACUUUCCUCCGCCCUCCUUACCUCUGUCCCCCCCCUCUCCCCUGUCCCCCUUGGAGCAGCAGAACAUCGUGUCCCCCCAGGCCAAGCGUUCCUACUCCAUGGAACACUUCCGCUGGGGGAAGCCUGUGGGAAAGAAGCGCCGCCCGGUGAAGGUUUACACCAACGGUGUGGAGGAGGAGUCCUCCGAGGGCUUCCCCAGCGAGAUGAGACGAGAGCUGGGCACCAACGAGGCCAUGUACCCCUCCCUGGAGGCUGGGGCUGUGGAAGGGGGAGAGGGCCUGGGGGGCGAGGCGGAUGGCCUGGGUGGGGUGUUUAGUCUUCAGGAGAAGAAAGACGGCUCGUACAAGAUGAACCACUUCCGCUGGAGCGGACCACCCGCCAGUAAACGCUAUGGAGGGUUCAUGAAGAGCUGGGACGAGCGUAGCCAGAAACCACUGCUCACGCUGUUCAAAAAUGUAAUCAUCAAAGACGGACAGCAGAAGAGAGAGCAGUGAGGGAGGGAGAGAGGGGAAGGGAGGAUAGGUGAGCGGAAGAGGGGGAGGGUGGAGAGGGGAAGGGAGGAUAGGUGAGCGGAAGAGGGGGAGGGGAGAGAGGGAAGGGAGGAUAGUUGACCUGAAGAGGGGGGAGGGAGAGAGUACAUGGGGGGUUGAGGGGGGGAGAGAGGACAUGGGGGGUUGAGGGAAGGAGAGAUGACAUGGGGGGGUCGAGGGAGAGAGAGAAAGUUCCGUUUCUCCCCAUCCAGCUCUGUAGGACGUACAUCCAGGAAGCUUUCAUUUGAUUCGCAAUUCGGAGACAAACAAGCUUUGUGAUUGGCUAAAAGCGCUUUGUCCUCUGACCCAGCAUGAUGUUAGCUGCCAAUGUAAUAAUGUCUCUAAUAAAUCUUAACUCUGUAUAGAA